AUGAAAAUUAAACUCUUUAUAAAACAUAUUGACGAAAAAAAGUUGGAUCAUUUUCCGAAUUGUAAAGAGGCUGUUGAGGAAGCUGGAAUUAAUUUUCAUUGGAAAAUUGAUAAAAUGAAGGAUAUUUUAAUACAACUGCAAUCUCAAUUCAGCGACAGAUUUGGUGAUUUUGAAAAAGUUUCAAGUAAACUGAAGGUGUUUGCAAACCCUUUUUCAUGUGAUAUUGAGGAAGUACCGAGUAAUUUACAAAUGAACAUGAUUGAUCUCCAAUCUAAUGAUGUUCUUAAAAGCACUUUCUAUGAACUCAAAGAUCUUGUUAAGUUUUAUGGUAGCUUGCCUUCUGAUUUUGACGAAUUGAAAAAGUUUGCUCAGCAGUUCAUUACAAUUUUUGGUAGCACUUAUUUAUGCGAACAAACUUUUUCAAUUGUCAAUUACAGAAAAAAUAAAUGUUCAUCUCGUCUCACAGAUGAGCAUUUGAGAGCCAUUCUACGAAUUGCAACUACAAAUAUGACAGCUAACAUACAAGAAAUAGCCUCCCAAAUACAACCUCAGACAUCACACUGA